GCCGGAGCUGCUCCAAGCAGCUGGGAGUUGUUUAGUUUGUUAUCUCUGGUGUUCUUCCUUUGGUCAUGGCAAGGAAAAGUGAGGUUCUAGCUUCAUCAAUGGAUCAUCUUCUGAAUACGAAGUUGGCGAAACUCCAACAUAUUUGGGACGUUGUUGGUAUUCCGGAAGACAAGCGGGUUGAGCGAAUGGCCUCAGCAAAGAAGUGUAUAGAGGAGCUUCUGGAUCAGAUGAUUUAUGAAGAAGAACAUAUGGAGAAACAGUUGAAGGAAUCCAUUAAGAAAUGGAAGGUGCAACUUCAGAUCUUGUGUUCUGAGCUUUAUCUUGAUCCUUAUAAGGCUGAUGAAAGCUCUACUCCACUUCAAUUGGAAAAGGAACUCAGAAAAAAAGUAGAGUCCUUGCUUGAAGAGAAAAAUGGUCGCAUGGCAGAAUGUGAAAUGCUAUUGAAAGAAGAUCAAGCUUUGUGUACUGACCUUUGCAAGACACCAUAUUACAUCCCUACUGGCAAAGUUCCAUCUCCACAAGAAUUAGAAGAGCUGAAAAAUCACCUAAUAAGUACAGCCAAAGAAAAGGAGUGCCGUUUAGCUACUUUCCUUGGACUCCGGCAAGAGAUUAAAAAGCUCAUGGCGGAGAUUGAUCAUGUCCCUGAUACUACAUUUGAAAAAGAUGCAGUCCUUGAGGAGGAGAAUCUAUUUUUCCUCUCUGAUGGAAAUAUUAAAUCACUUGAGGUGCUUCGUCACCAGUUAGAGGUGCAAAAGGAGGAAUUGAUGGCUUCACAAGAGUCUCUGAAAAAACAGAUUCAUUCUCUUUGGAACACUUUACAAAUCCCUUUAGAGGAGCGGAACUUGUGUACAACAGGUUCAAUACAUCAAGUCAAUAUAGCGUUGCAACAGGAGCUUGAACAGCUUCAACUAAUGCAGGCUAAGAAUAUUAAACAAAUCAUCACUGGCAUCCGACAAGAAUUAAACACCUAUUGGGACAAAUGUUACUACAGCCAGAAACAAAGAGAAGAAUUUGCUUUCCUAUCACAUGAAAAUUUCACGGAAGAGUUGCUAAAAGUACAUGAUGAGGAACUUGUAAAGAUUACCCUCUAUUACCAAAAACACCAAAAAUUGUUUGCUGACAUUGAAAAGAGGGAAUGCUGGUGGAAGACCUUCUUAGAACUUGAGAAGAAGGCAUCUGAUCCACACAGAUAUGCUAAUAGAGGUGGAACUUUACUUAAAGAAGAGAGAGAACGUUGUUGGCUUCAGAAGAAAAUACCAAAGCUGGAAGACGAAAUCAAAAUAUACAUAGAGAGAAUGGAAACUGAGCAAGCCCGUCCCUUUUUGGUUAAUGGGCAGAGGUUCCCAACGUACAUUGCUAAUCAAUGGGCAGAACUUAGGCUCAAGAAAGAACAAGAGAAACAAGAGAGAUGUAUAAAGAAAGAAGAUGGGGCUGGCUAUAAAACCCCUUUAAAAAGAACAUUGACUGCAUCUAGUACAUCUCUGAGGAAAAUCCGAAAAUUAAAUGGGACCUUAAAUUUUGCCCCAAUGAACAGUAGUGGAAGCCUAUGUAAUCAAGCGAGAAAACCUGUUCUUGCAUCUCAAAAGAUGAGACACGUUGCAACAAAUACGAGUACAAAUGUGAGUAAUUCACCAUCUCUGCAAAACCAAGAAAAUGCGUCAUCACUUUUGAUCACAAAUCAACAGCCCGAUGCCUUCCACUGUCUUGUUGCAAGCUACUCAGAAUUUUCACGUGAUCUAUCCAGAAAAUCAAAUGACGUCAGUGGGCAGCUUAAUUCUACAACUCUCUCAAACCUGUAGGAUAUCUUUACUUGUGGCCAGCAGUCAGAAGACUUUUAUUUUUGCAUGGUUCAUUUUUGACAGUUGUUUAUUCUAGAUGUCCAUUUUAUUCUUGUUCAAAAUACAUAAAGGCUUUGUUUCAACUUUAUUUUUGAAUAUAAUUGUUGUAUGCUGUUUUGUGGUGUCUAAAUAUCAACUAUUUUUGUUAUUUCUAUCUUUGUUAGACUACAUUAUUUGCUAUCAUUUUGCACCUACCUCCCGGAUGUCUCCUAUGCUGUCCUCUAAUUUGAGCGGUGUUGUACUUUAAUCUUGUGGUUUAAUCAGUUUUCUAGAAUGUUUGUUUGCACUGAACUUGUAACCAGUGUUACUAAAAGACCAAAAGUAGUGUUGCUAUUGAUAAAAGAAUAAAGAAUUAGAUAACUGUUGUUUGCUAGCGGCAAUAUCAUGGCAUGCAGUAAGCCUGUCAUGAAGAAACUGCAACUUUGAACUGCCUGGAUAACUAAGACUGUUUCAAGUCUAACUUGAGCAAUGGAGAUCAUUAGAUUCUGCAGUUUUUUUUUAAAAGCCAACAAGCAUGCAUAAAAUUUUUAAUGUUUGCUUGAAGUAUUGAGCUUGUUGUUUGAGCUGAGUUUUUCAGCAAUACCUAUUGUGCAACUUUGAUAUUUUCAUGACCAGUGACUGUUCUCAUUGAGUAAAGAUGUCACAAU